GGAGUAGAGGACUCGUCCUAUACCGUCGCGCUGGCUUUCUUGUAAGUCGCAGACGAGCGCUGAUAGUAGCGGCUGUGUCGCGCUGCUGGCAUCGACAACAUGGCCACCGCGGUUUCUAAACCCGCCUCUCAGCCCCCGAAGAUGAAGCGCCCCCCGCCUUUCGUUCAGACAGGGGGGGUUAACGGCGUUAAACCCUCGCAGCCAUCAGCAUCACCUUCCUCCUCAUCUAAGCGUCUUCCUGGUGCUGGUCAACCUGCUUUGUCGAGUUCUGCCGGGGGUUCUGCGGUGAAUGGCGCGAACAAUCGGUCAAUUCAGCGGCCGAAGAAGGAGAUGCCGAAACCGAACGAGCCCGCAUCACGUUUACAGAGACCCUCGACUAGGACAUCUGUGGCGGAAGCUGAUCGCCGCGUCUCCAAGAAGUUCCCUGAGCCAUAUGUGAAAACAACUUCGUACAUCCUGAAGAAGUAUUCGAAAUGUCCUCCUUCGCUCAUAAUACAUCUUCACCCCACACAUUUCCGAUUCGACCAGCAGGAUGGUAGCUUCCCAUACAACUCUGAGAUGAAAGUCAUCAUCGAACAUAUCCGAGCUGGGACUGUCCCCCAUGACAUGCUGGAGGAAUUACUUAGGGCCGGCGUCAGGUUCUAUGAAGGCUGUCUCAUAGUGCGCGUUGUGGAUCACAAGUCAGUGUCCGCUCAAACAAGCAAGGCAUCCAGCUCCACCACCGAUGAGAAUAAUUCUCCGUUUUCUAUACACAACUAUAACCAACAUGUCACUCCCUCACCCUAUGUCCCUUAUCCGAAACAGAACCAAAUCACCCCGGAGAAGACAGACAGCAAGUCUUCGGGUGCAGUGGGUAAUGGGACAGACGCGAAGACCAAUGGCGAUUCUGCGGCCAACGGUGGGAAGCAGUCUGAAUCCGGUAGCAGGACACCCGAGAAACAGGCUGCUGCGAAACCUAGAGUCUUCACUACGGUCUUACAUCCGACUCCGCGCUCCCUGUAUGCGGAACUGACGCUGCUCUCCACGACUCCGGACCCCAGGGCCGUGAAUAAGAAACAGGCUGCUCCUAAUGGAGCAUCGCGUACUCCAUCGACUUCCGCUGCUGGCCCUCAGCCAUCUCCGUUAUCGACCAAUACGACGGAUCGGGGCCCUCCCGCCAAGAGACAGAAGAUGCUCGUGGAACCUCAUGAGCUCCACGAAUGCGAGUCUAAACUCGUAAGGGCAUUAGCCCCUCCGCUCUUCUUGGAUCCAGUGGAUAGCCUCGAUGCGGCCCAAGAUCUACUCAAAUUUCUUGAGAGUCCGCUUCACCGUGACAGCCCGCCCUCUCCUAAGACAAGGAAACGGACCGUGGCUGAACUUGCUGCGGACGAGGCGUUGGCUGCUGAAGAAGAGCGAUUCAUGCUUAUCAUGGAUGAGCGACUUGAACCCACUGUCUCGGCAGCUGCUGGUGCUGCAAAAACGGCUGCUGUUGAUGAUGCAGGUGGUGUUGCACCUUUCGAGCCUCGUUUCUCUAGAUUCAAGACUCUGGAAAAUAUCCGCAUGCAGCAUGAGGAAAAGGAAAAACGAGAGCACGAACGGAAGCUUCAGCAAGAUCAUAUUAAGAGGCAACAGCAAGAGCAAGAAAGAGAGCGACGCAGGGCUAUGGAACAACGGCAGGCGGAAGAGCACGCCAAAGAAGAGGCUCGGCGACAGCAACUUGCUGCUCAGCAAGCGCAGGCUCAGCUUGCAGCGCAACAACAGAAUAGGCACGCCAUGGCGCAGGCUAAUGGCAUAGGUCAGGUGUCCCAAGGACCGCAAUCGUCUCCCGUAGUCCGGAAUCAGACACCUCAUAAUACUUCAUCCCCGCUGGUUGGAAGUUCCAUGGGAACUCAAGCUGGGGUUCCAAUGACUAUGACAGCUUCAGCGCAAGGUGCUGGUAGUCCCCCAAGACCGCCUUCAGCUUUGCAGCAUGCUCACCCUGGUGUUAUGGCCCAUCCUAUGGCUGCAUCGAGAAGCCAGCAAAGCCAAAGCAGAAACGGGACUCCUCAGAUGACCCAUGGUACACCUUCUAUGUCUCAAGCUACACCCGUUAUGCGCAAUGCUACUCCUACCCAGCGGAUGAGUCAUGGCAGCCCGAAUGCUUCCAGUAUGGCCCAGACACCAGUGAUGGGUCACGCUAUGAUGGGCACACCGCAGAUGAGCAACGGCAUGGGCUUGACUCCCCAGCAACAGCAGCUGCUGAUCCAGCAGAGACAACAGCAAUUACUUGCGCAACAGGGGCAUCUCGGACACGGGCAGUUUACCCCGCAGCAGAUUGCACAGAUGCAGGCAAAUGUGCAUGCUCAGCAGAAUAUCCAGUCUCACCAGCAACACAUGAUGCAGCCGCACCAACAGCAGCAGAAUCAGCACCACCAGCAACAGCAGCAGCACAAUGCUUCGAUGCAGAAGUUGCAAAACCAGCAAGCAUAUCAAGCACAGCUGAUGCGUGCCCAACUUGUUCAGAUGCAGAUGGCCCAGCAGCAGCAAGGACAUCCUGGCCAACAGCAACAUCACCAGGGAAGCCCGCCUCAAAUGACCCCUCAGCAGCAACAGCAGCAGCAGAUGCUUCUCAAUGCAGCUCAAGCCAAUGGUGGCCACCUGCCGCAAAACUUCCAAGGUAUGGCCAUGAACCAGCGUUAUCAACAGCUGUAUCAGCAACGGCUUCUUCGCCUUCGUCAAGACAUGGCUCAGAGGUACAUGCCCGAGUAUGGGCCGCCUACUCAGUAUCCGCCACAAAUCGCCCAACAAUAUGGGCCUGGACUGGAGAGGAGCGCGCGGUCCUGGGUGCACGAGUUGAUGCGGAGAGAGCGCGAGUCCAGUCAACAGCAACAGCAACGCGCUUCGCAAGUUGCAGCUGUCCAGGCGCAGGUGAUACAACAACAGCAACGGAAUAUGAUGCACGGCGGAAUGGGCAAAUGAGCUUUUCCUCAUUUUUCUUCGGAAAAUGGUUCAGUCCGUGGUCGUCCUAUAACAUUUAUAGUUUCGCCUUUUUAUUGGAGGGUCUGAGGUAGGAGUUAUGGUGACUCCACAUGCGGUUCAUGCUUUCUGUCUUUUGGGGAAUGUACUCUUCAUGCCCAAUGAGGCCGGCGUCUUGUUAUCUCAGUUUUUGACGUUGUCUUUGAUGCGGUGUUUAUGUGAGUCAAGGAUCCUCUGUUUUCAUUGCUUUAACG